AUGAUGGAGCAGUUACGGAAGAAGGAGCAGCACAUAGCAAAGGUGGUGGGCGAAUGUUCUACGCAGGGGGCGGUGAGUGUUUCGUUUUCCACGGUGCAGCUAGCGAAGGGCACGUGCCUGGAGAAGCUCCGGCCGUGGAUGUUGCGGUACCGGUGCUCCUCGAGGACCGGGUACGCGGAAUGGUUGGCGUGACAGGGCGGGGGCGCAGUCGGUCCGGAUGGCGGAGCUGUUGGAGCUCUACUGGGACUUGAUUGCGGUGGUGGAGGCCCGGUUCGCGGUGGUGCCGAGCGAGGUGGAGGAGGAGCGGUUCUACCGGCGGUUCCAGGCGCACGUGGUGCGGCGGGUGGGGAGGCGGAUCACGUGCACGGCGCGGGGGCGCGCAUGCGCGGAGGACAAGUACCCGGACUUCCAGCAGAUCGGGGACAUGUACGGCGCGGUCGGGGACGAGCAGGGAGUGCACUUGUACAAGUGGGUGCAGAGCAGCCGGCGGUUGUUGGUGUUGAUGGACGAGCGCGCGGCGGGGCGGGUGGACUUGAAGCGGUGGUUGGUGAUGAUGAUGGAGCUUGUGGACGGCGCGCGGAUGUUGCGGGGGUGCCAGGCGUUGCAGGUGUACGUGAGCCGCGAGGAUCUGGUGAACGUGAAGGACCUCCUCAAGAACUUGAACUGGAUCGGCGGCGAGCUGGUGCAGAACGUGGGCGAUCGGUGGUCGGACGACGAGGCGAUGGUGUGGAGCGACGAGCGCUAUGUUGUGAUCCGCUUCGACUGCUAG